UGUCAACUCUAGAAUCUAGAUGUUCGAUGUCAGCGUCAGCUGAUGCUCCUUUGUUUGUUAUAAGGGAGCACCGUUUCGACGCACGCGGCGGUUGUUGGAACUAACUUUGUAAUAAGUUUCUAGGCUUCUGUCUAAAGCCAGACUCGAAGAAAUUUAAUGCGUGGACUGUACUACAUACAUGCCUAUGUAUACCGUACGUAUACAUAUAUCACUGAUCUGUGGUACGUACGCAUGAGCGCAUAUGCGACGGCCGUCACAAUAAAUUUUAAUUUAAUACAUAGAAAACAGCUGUUCGAAACGUAAGCGUACGAAGUUUAUCUGAAUUAUUUUCCAUCGUUCCUAAUACGAGGAUCGCUGUAUUAUGUCAAUAACGAAAUAAAAUACAAUACAAGACUAGGCGUAAUACGCAAUUGGAUAGCUUGUCGGUGUUUCCUUGGUUCUUACCUUUCUGACUGACAAUAACCGCAAUGCCUGUUCGUACGACGCGGUGUACGCAUUUUCAUUAAUAAUCGGGAAAUGCUGUGCCCAGAAGUGUGGGACUUUAAAGCCCCGCAGCACUACUUCAAGGUCGAUCAUUCGGAUUGUUUAACAAAGAACGUGACGGGCGUGAUUAGAAAACACUAUUUCAACCACUCGGUAUCUGUCGUCAUUCCUGAUACAGUUAAUUUACCACCGCAUUAUUUCGAAUCGUUCAACGAAGACAACGACUAUUACAGAGUCAACAAUUUAUCAGCAUCCGAACUGGUUGACAAAGAAUUCAUCGAGGCCUUUGUGAAAAACGGUGAGGUCAGUGUGCUGGCAAUAGAGAGUCACAUCGACACCCAGAAUUCACUCGCUGUAACUCCGUCUGGCCAUUUGAUACUUUCCUUGGUUAAAGAAGAUUUCCAAACGCUCGGUAUCGAGGGAAAACCUUCGUUCUUCGACCGUAAUAUCAAAAAUCGCUUUGUCGUGACUAUUGAUUUGAAAGAAGAAAGUUUUACACCAGGCAAGAAGAACUAUGAACACGUCAGGGAGUCACUGACAAAUAAUCUACAUCAGAGGUUCAACGUUAUAUUGGCUUGGGAACCUCCGGAUAAAAAAUUGUGUCCAUCGUCAAUAGCUGCGUGGUUUGAUAAGCGCGGUUACACAGUUAAGCUUUGCCGUCAAAAGAAAGUUGACCAAUGCGAGUAUUCCAUAAAGAUCCCCAUCAUCAACAGCAGCACAAAUCAUUCAGAGCUCUUCGAAUGGCUGGGUGUUUUGAGUAUUGGCGGUGAUUUAAAGAACAGUGCAGAAAAUUCUUAUUUGAAUAGCUAUAAGUGUUCAGAACCAUGGACAGAAGUUGGACAAGUGCGCUGUAUCAGGUGGACAGGUUUUAUAACUCAGAAACAAGUUGAAACAAUAUUUAAUGAGUUAAAAAGCUACGUCAAAACGAGAGAAACCAUACCUUGGGUCAGUAUUGACGUGCAAGGCUUUUCGGACAGCCCCACAAGCUGGGAAUUAAAAGAGCACAAUUUUUACAUCGAUGGGGACAACAGUUACGCUAUUUUCUUAAAACCAAAUGGAGGAUAUAUACUAAGAACAAGUUUAAGCUCUAAUAAUAAACCAAGAAUAUUUCAUUGACCGGGAGGUAUUACAACAUUCACAAUCGCCUCACUAGAUUGAUUAGCCUAAAGUAGACUGGUUCAAACAGUUUCUCAUUUUUAUCAAAAUUAUUGACAUGGAAAAACAACUGGUCAUAGUUGACUGCGAUGCA